UAUACGUGUGCACGCGCGCAGUACACGAUUCACUAUACUACAUACGUACACGCUGCAUUAUAUCAAUCCGCGGCCGUGGUCGUCGUCGUUGUCGCCGCCGCCGCAGAGUGAUAUCCGGCAGCGAUGGGCUCGCUGCCCAACCUGCACGAGCUGUGCAAACAGCAACAGCAGCAACCGGUGUGCGUGCCCGCGGCCCCGAGGUUGUCGCCGUGCCCAGACCGUGGCGGUGGCAGCGGCACUAGCCGCGCUCAGCACAGGCGACUGCAGCAGACCAACAGCCUGUGCACCAACAACUUUUACGGCGUCAUCGACCGGCAAGCCGACAUGCAGAUCGACGAGAAACCGUUUUCGCCGACGUCGCUCAGGUCGACGCUAUCCACCACGCACCGCGGUCAGGUGUCCAUCGCCAACGCAUCUUCGGCAAGUGGCAAGAGACGCGACUCGCUGUCCAGCUCGGCUGGAGCCUCGUCAGUACGCCGUCUCAUCGAAGUGGUCCGAACGACUCCGUCCAACAUGGGUCCAGUGUACAGUCGGAGAUUGUUGUGCCGAAACUACGUCACGCUGUGCCUUGGACAUGGCGCGGCGGCCGCCGCUUUGGUUCCGUUUAUGGCACUACAGGGUUCUAUAUCCGCUUGGUGGUGGCCGGACAAUUUGAAGCAGAAUGGUGGGUUUACCACCGUCACCACGGACAUUGGUUCUAUCUUGCUGUCUGCAAUGUUUGGCAUGGCAGCGAUGAGCGCACUGUUUGGGCCGACGGCCGUCCACCGUCUGGGCACCAGGACAUGUCUGGUGGCCGGCUACCUGGUGUCCGUCGCGUUCGUCACCGUACACCUGUACCCAAAGGUGGCGGUACUGGUGCCAGGUUACUUCCUGAUGGGUGCCUGGUUGGGAUGCUGGACGGCGUCUCGGACUGCUGUGCUCAUGGCGCUCGCAUCUAAAAUGGCAUACGUGCUGUCCGACCGAGAGGAGUGCGAACUCGAGGGAAACGGUCGGCGAGAAGCGGUGGCCAGGAAUCUAGCCAGGGGACUCCAGGUGGCACACGAUAUUGGCUUAAUUGCCGGAAACGCGUUCGUCGCGUACAUGAUAAGUGGCACGCGAACGGACGACAUCCUCGGAACCAUGUUUGCCAGGGACGGUGGACCUGGAACAGAUCGGACUUGCGGUAGCGUCGCCUGCCCGCUGGAAAAUACGGUGGAAAUCAAACUCGGGCCAACCGCCAACUUCUCGUCCAACCAGACGGUCGCAUUGGUCGACGUUCGCAAUCACAUGGUCUUGCCAUGUAAAACCACACAGCUUUUGGCCAGCGUCUUCGCCGGAUGCUGUUUCGUCGGCGUCGCUGUCACCGCGACUUUCAUGACCCGCAUCCGACUAUUCGUGUACGCGUCUGCGUCCGAAAAAAGAAAAUCGGACAGCGCCAGGUCGUUUGCGGCCGUCCGCGAUGCAUUCCGCAACACCAAACUUCAGCUCAUCGCUCCACUGUCGUUGUUCAUCGGACUUGAACAAGGAUUUAUCUAUUCCGAUUUCUCCAAGUUUUACGUCGUAUGUUCAGUGGGUGUGUCCAAUGUGCCGACAGUUCUGCUGAGCUUGGGUCUGCUUCAACUGGUAGCUGGGUUUACCGUGAGUCUGAUCCUGCAACAUAUCCGCCGGUACCACAUAAUAGUGAUUGGGUUGGCGUUUCAUUCGUGUUUGCUAAUGGUGCUGAUGAAGUGGAAACCGUCCGGCGACGAUGCUGCGCUACUGUACGUCAUAGCAGCCGCCUGGGGCGUGUGCAAUGCCAUUUGGAACACACUGUGCUUCAACUUUGUGAUAUCUCUGUAUCCAGACUACUGGCACGGGCCGAUGGCGCACGGCUACUUCUUUCGGUACGCGGGCAUGGCGUUGGCUUUUGGACUGCACAGUGUCGUGUGCAACACCACCAAACUGUACUGCUUGUCGGCCGCGCUAGUGGUGGCCGUCGUGCUGUACGGCUGGUUGGAGUGGCGAUUGCAGCUGACCGGAAAGCGGCGGCGGACCGCCAACCGUUCAUCAUGACGACAGAUCGGAGCCGCGUCCGGCAAUAAUUAGUGACCCGCCACCGCGCAAGUCGUCAACCAGGACUCGUCGUCACCACGAUCUGAAUGAGCGAUGAUCGUGUGCCGCCGCCGCUGAUCCGAAGAGCAUUCACGCCAAUCAUCACGUCUCUGUAACUGCAACAACAGUCGCCACCGCCACCGUCGUCAAUCGUCAUCAUCUGCAUAGCAUCGCAAAUAUUAUUUAUUAUUGCAGCACGGUGCCGUCUCGCCGAAUUAAAUACGUCAUAACACAAAAUACUAUAAUGUUACGUCUACUAUCAAUAAUAUUAUCGUUAUUAGCUGCUGUAUAAGACAAACGAACAACUUACUGGCCCGCGCUGACCAUUAUGUAUUAUAUUAUUACCUACUUUAUAUUAUGUAACCGUACCUACUUGUUGAUGUUUUUUUUUUUUUUUUGUAACGGGACGUAUGCAUACAAUAUUCGUCUUGAAUACGUAAUAAUGUGCGCGUAAAAAUAAUAUACAGGGUGGUUUUUUUUUAUAUUUAUUUAACGCGCCACUCGUGAUUUUAUACAAAUCAAUAUAAUUUGCAUUUAUUCACAGCAUGACGUAUACCGGCUUACACCAACAAACGGCAAACUCGAUUCGGCGAGAGGAUAGUUAAACGACUAAAACGAAUCGAUUAAAAUAUGUUAUUAAUUUCACAUCAUUCACAAAAGUCAUAUUUUAAUAGUAAGAGGUAUAUUCUGAAACGACGAGUGGUUGUUUAAAAUAAAUCACUCUGUAUAAAUACGUUUGAUAAAAUAUAAUAUAGUACAAUGUUAUGCGCGUGAAUAAAAUUACGUUCAUUCUUAAAUACUCAAUUAGCUGAUAACAAACGUUUUUUUUCUAGACCACAUGUCAUGCAAGUAAAUGCGAUUAUUUAUUUAUUUAUUUAUUUAUUUAUUUAGCUUACAAUACGGGCGUGAGCCCAAUUUCAUAUAGUAUAAUAUACAGAUUACAAUAAUGUGAUAACAGUGAAAAAUAUAAAGAUACAUAAAUACUUGGUUACAGGUUAUGAAAUAGAAAAGAAAGGGUCUGAAUUGGCAAUAGACAUACAACGUCGAAGUGGUUCAUUUAAACCAUAAUUUGUGGAGACGGUAGGUAAACGUAGGUAUUAUAAACGCGAUUUGCAGAAUUGGAAAAUUUGCAAUUAUUAUUCCAUUGCUACUACAACUUAUUCCUUACAAUUCACAAACAAAUCGGACUUUGGAGUGGCACGUAAAUAUACUCAAUAAACAGACACCACCUCCGCCAACUAGACUUACGGAAACUCGAGCUAACCUUAUCAUAUAAUAUUUCCGUAAUAUCCGUUAUGAUAAUACUACCAUCACGCUAUGUGCGCGUGAAACCCAGAAGUCCCCCCCCCCCAACAAUCAUUGAGAUAUACAUAUUAUAACAAUAAUUAUCAUUGUUAUCUAACUACCCUAUGGUUUCUGUCUAUCUUUAAAUCGCCAAAAUGUAAUUAAUAAUGCAAUUAAUACGAAACAACCAAUAAAGGCGUAUUUAUUUUAUAAAUGUAUUUCAAUUUCAAACCAACAAUAUUGGUUUUGAUUCGUUACGAAAAUAUAAUAAGUUUAUUUUGUGUUAGAUGUGUGAUUUUUUAAAUUCCAAAUUGCUCUAUUUUAAUAAUCUGCAUAUCUUUAAAAACUAAACAGUACGUAUUAUAAGUGACACAUUUUUUUAAAAUUUUAUUUCUAUGUUCUAUGUGUAGAAUAUAAAAAUAAUGACUUUAAAUGCCUAUCUACAAAUAAAAUAUAUUAUAUUACAACAUAAUAUAAUAUGGCCAUUUUGAAUAAAAAUUAUAAUAAUAACCGUUUGUAAUGUU